AGAAUCAUGACGACUACACAAGGAACACCAGAAUCAGACACUGGAAGCUUUGAAUGCUUUCAAAAUUAUACAGCACCAGAGGUGUUCAUACAAGGACUAGCAGGAAUAGUAGAUCAGCAAGAUGUAGAAUCUAUGAUACGAGCUCAAAAACAAAUGUUACAAAGAUUUGAAAAAACGAAUGAAAUGUUAACUAAUUGCAAUCAAUUAUCAAUAAAUAGAUUAAAGACAGCAGGAGCUGAAUUUAAAAAGCAUACUGCUCUGUUGAUAGAAAUGAAAAAAGACUUGGACUACAUUUUCAAAAGAAUACGUAUAGUGAAAAAUAAAUUAAGUCAACAAUAUCCACAGGCAUUUAAUGAGGCCGUUAGAAGCAGUUUGGCUGAAGAAGUAAUUGUUGAGGAUAUUGAUUGUUCGGUAAAGCCAUUGGAACCAGAAAUAGUUCCUCUGCCAAGUGCUACAGUCAAUGAUACAGAGAGAGAUCCAGAUUCUGAUGUUCCAGUCGAGGAGUUUCAGUUCGCGAAGCUGCGUAAAAGGCGAAUUAAGAGCAACGACAGUUCAUCGACGGAGAGCAACAACGAUCAGAGUAUCGCCGACACGUCAUCCUGCACUUCCGACACCGGUUGAAUUUUCGCGCGAGUUGGCCAACGAGCUGUUUGAAAGGGAGCGGGAAAACUACGCGGAGAGAAAGAGAAAAAGAGAGAAAGAAAGAGAGAGAGAGAAAGAGAGAGUGAGAGAGAGAGAAAGAUAAAUAGAGGAGAGAGGGAAAGAAAAUGAAUGAAAUAGAGAAGGAGAAGAUAAAAAGAGAAAAAAAAACGAAUGAGAUACUUGCGUGUUUAUAUCGCGGCAAGUCACGAUGAUGUUCGUUGCGAACCUUAACUCGACAAUAAAGAAAAAAAAAAAAGAAAUGACAAAAGAAUAACUACAAAUAUGCCUCUUUUACUCAUUGCACGAUUGCAAGUUCUGUAAUACACGCGUAUGAAUAUCAAUGUCCAAAUGAAGAGAUUCAAGGUCAAUAAAAACAUUCUUUAUGUGUACAUGAAAGUUAACAGUGUUGAUCAUUUAGCGCGAAAAUAAUUCAUUCAAAGUAAUUAUAUGCGAAUAAUAUAUAGUAAUUUUGUGAUAUUA